AUGUGGAACUAUUUAAUAUUAUUAUGGGACAAUUAUAUUGAGCAGGGAAGGACAAAAAUAGGAGUGAAGGAAGAUGACAAAUUUAGGAAACUCUUCUGGAACAAUGUGGGAACACUGUGGGAGGAUUUUAGGAGUUAUAUGGAGAGUACUGCGGAAAGCACGAAAGCGCAGUCAAUGUGUGAAAUAGGACGGGAGACUGAUGUAGCUAAAGGACAAAUGUGGACUGCUGAGGACAUGGGUAUAUGCGAGAUGGCGCUUAUAGCGUUACGUUUUAAACAUGGAGUUGAUUUAUCCGGGAAUCCUGUGAGACGCAGGCAUAUGGACGAAGAUACAGAGAAGGUAGACCCUUAUAUGACAUGCAUCCUGACAAAUAUAUUUAUGAAGAAAAUAAUGGGAAUGAAUUGUUUAAAGCGACCUGGUGGACUGUGGGCGUUUAAUCUUGUGCAUGGAGAAGUACAGGACGUUCUGCACCAGCAGUUCGGUAAUGUGGAGUGUGAGUGGAAGGAUGCAGGGAUAGGUGGAGAUGGCAGUGGAAGAGAUGAAAAGGAUAGAGAUCUUUGGGAAGUAAUGAAUAGAUGGAAUGAAGGCCAUAAGAUGAACCUAGGGGACGGGGAUUGGGGAGUGUUGGGGCCAGGAUGUCAUGUGGAGAAGAAAGCAGGCGCGACACUAGGCGAUGGGGACCACAGUACGGCGUUGACGGAGAAAGUGAAGGAAGAGAUAAGCAACGUGCAGGAGGAUAUAAAAGUGAAAGUGUCGAAAAUAUUAAAGGGAAUAGGAGUUUGUAGUGAUGGGGAUGACAAUUGUGUAAAGAAAUUAUUAGAGCAGGAGAGAGAUAGGGAGAAGAACGACCAGGACUCCCGUUCAAAGGCUCUAGGCGGUAACGGACCGUCACAGGGGGACGUGAAAACAUCAUCAACAGCAAGGCCACCACGGCCAUCAAGACCAGCAGCAGAAGGCGGAGGAUCACAGGAUACAAAGACAACAUCAACACAAGCAGGCGGGUCACAAGCGGGUACUGCACGUACAGGGGGGAACGCCCCGGCCACAGCAGGCAACGCUACCAAACCAGUAGCGGCGAAACCGGCAACAUCGGGAACGGGACCGGGGACGACGUCAGCUGGUGGUGGUAGUGGUAGUGAUGGUAAGUCUGGUGCUGCCGCAGAGAAGGGGACGACGACGACCAAACAAGAGGAUUGUCCAUGGAAGAGCAUAUUGGAAGGCAAGAGCAGGCACGUACACGUGCUGCAGAAUUAUGAUAGUGAUGCACUGCAAAAAAUGAAGACCGCAUUGCAGGCCUUUAUUGAUUAUAUGCAGGAGCACACGGAUCAGAUGGAUGCAUACGGUGCCAACUGUGAUAAUUCUGGUUGGGAUGAUUUCGACGAUGCUCAUCAAUAUAAGGGACAAACGGUAGCAGAUGUCGUACGGUGCAGACUUAUGAGUGUUGCACUAUUCUUUGCAAACGGUGAUAAUAUACCACGGAACAGCAGAGAUAUGGAUGACGAUAAAUUGUACGAAAGGUUCCGGUGUGAGGUAGCGAACGUAUUUGGAUACAUGCUCAAGAAUCAGUAUUGCAAACAUAAUCCAGGAUGGAAGAGGGGUGUGGAGUACGCUUGGAAAACAAUGAAGAACAUGCACAAAGAUAAGGAUGGUAAAAUAAUAUUAUCUGGUCCUGUUAUGGAUGGAAGAUGCACACAAUGUGGGUAUGGAGAUAAUAAGACGCAACCAGGAAUAAUAAAUGGAGACAUAGCAGAGUGGUUAGUAGACCAUGGAAUAAUGGAAGAAAUAGGGACCAUAGAGGGCGACAUGCCGUGUGAAGAGCAGUGGAAAAGUUAUAUUAAUAGGAAGGCAAUAGAAGGGGCGCCUAUUAAGAAAAUUUUGACCCCAGGCGGAAUUAAAGAAAUGAACAAAGUGGGGAAGCACGUCAAGGAAAAAGCAACAAGGGUCUUUGAGAAAGCGAAGGAAAAGGUAAAGGCAGAAAUUCAAACGAAGGAAAAGGAAGGAGGCAAGAAACCGGAAGUACCACCACCUAAGGUACCAGAGGCACCAACGGAGCCUAUUCCUGAGAAGAAGGACGAGAACAAGGCCCCGGCACCAUCCUCACCAUCAUCAGCAGGCAGGCACGAUCCGUCCACAGGCGCAGAUGGGACACAACCACAAGCACCGGCAUCCCCAGUAUUACCAGCAAGACCACCACCACCACCUCCUCCUCCACCAGAACCCGCACGUCCAGCAGAACCAUCAGAACCACAAGGAGCCACACGUGCUGCAGCACCAGACACAAACAAGGAUAGUCCAGGAAGCACAGGUAAGGAUACGCCCAACUGCACAAGGGACCUUUCAUAUGAAAGCUCCACGAAUCCUGGUCUCCGUAUUACCAUCUCAGGCAUUAGUCCUGAUCCUGUACCUGGAUGCUCAGGUACUGGAACUACACAGAUCACGACAGAACCAGCUGAACCUGCAAAAACAUCACCCUCUGUUGACACUACAACGGGGAACUCAGGAGACCACAUUCCCUCACAGAAACCUACUGCUAGUGUACCAUCAGGACCCAACAGUACACCUGCUCCGGACAAAACCCACGUUGACGGUGCCGUCGUCGACGGAGGCAACGAUGACCCCCCUCCUCUCAAUCCACCCAAACCAAAACCGAACCCGAACCCAAAUCAAUCGGGUGCAAGCGGUAGCGGCAGCACCGGUCAGCCGGACGCAAGUGGUUCCUCUGGUACAGGUUCUACUGGGGCCCAAAACCCCGGUUCCUCUGGUCCAGGUUCUGCGGGGACAGGAGCAACUGGGACUCCGGGUACCGGGUCUUCUCCUUCCGGUGGUCCAAGUCAAGACAACAACCAGCAAGAGCAACCUCAACCUCCCCUUCCUUCCCCGAAACCCUUCGACCCCAAGGAUCUUAUCCCGUACACCCCCGCGAUCAUUCCCGCCGUUGUUGGUAUUGGGAUCAUUGCAUUCUUCCUAUGGAAGUACUUUGCUUACCUCGGACAAAGACGACGACGAACAUAUCGAACCAUUCGUGACGUGCCGUCACCGCCACUCGACGAAGAAAUUCUAGACCAUCUAGAACGCGGCGACCUACCACCACCCGAUUACGGGUACGCGAUGAGUAGGGAUAGGCAACCUGCGUCAAUAUCCGGUAAAGGACGCCCGCCACGCGCGCAUAAGCGCACCAUCAUCGAGCUACAUCUAGAAGUGCUCAACGAAUGUGAAGUGACCGAAUGGGAAAACGUCAAACAGGACUAUUUGCAGAUUGUCGUGGAGGUGUUUGCGCGUGACUUGGAGCGGGACCCGAUUAUGUGCAGUAGAAUCUUGGAUGUUCCGACCUCGCACGCCGCUUUAGCAACCCAUGAUUCGACAACCCUGCAUCCACCCACUGACUGCGCCGGCACAGAUCCAUGUCCACCUAACGAAGAUGACCCCGAUCCAUGGAAUU